AUGAAAAACAAAACUUAUUUGUUUUCAAUUUUUUUAUUUUAUCUUUUACAUUCAUUUUCUCACUUUUUAACUAUCUCAUUAAUUAUAUUUACUAUAAUAUUUUGCCAGGAUUAUUUACAUAUUAACUAUAAUAAUUCGACAUAUUUGAAUGAAACCACUCUAUUUGUGAUAAGAAUUCAAAAUGGUUAACAAUUUUUUUUAUUUACUUAUGUAUCGGUUAGACAUGGACAUUCGGAUAACUAUUCAGCUACGAGUUAUUUCUGUGGGUUAUCAUGCUUUUUGAGUUUUGAAACUAGACUUCAUUUCGGUAUUAUAAAUUUUCAUGUGUGUUUCGAAUCGGGUCCAGAUGAAUUCAGUCUUGAUAUAUACAAACCUACAAAUAUCCAAAAAAUACAUUAACGCCGGUACGGAUAUUUGUAUGAAAAGUAAGAAUAUUAACCGAUUCAAUUCGGGUAUGUUGAAUUCAAAUUAAACUAAAAAUAACCAAAUAACCAAAAGUAAUCAUAUUACUCUAUUUGAUCCAGGUUCGAUUAUGAUGUAUAGAAAUCUAAAAGUACUUAUGCAAUUAAUUAUAUUAUGACACAUAUAAAAUAUAUAAUACUAAUCAUAAAAAUAAAAUAUCGAUUUAUAAGAAAGUAAAAAUUAACACCCGCACGGGCGUGCGGGUCAAUCUCUAGUUUAUAUUAAAUGAGCAACCCGAAUCUAAAAUCGCUGGCUGAUUAGCAAGUAGACAACUUGAUUUCCUUGGUCUAAAUACCCACAUCUUUUACACUCAGUUGAAAUUUAAAAAUACUUAACAAGCCCUAUUGUAAUAUUGCAUUGCUUAUCACCAGCUGCAGUUUUCAAUAAGAAAGCCUUAUCUAAUCUCACUUCCACAUUUGACUUAGUUAACCUCAUUUAUUAUUACACCUACAUAAAAUUAGGGACGACAUAUAGUUUAUUAAGAGAAUAAAACGGUGGAAUUUGGAAACUCUCUUAAAUUUCACCAUGUGAAAUGAAAGAUAUAGAAAAACAUCUCACUGUGUUACAAAAAAAAAAAAACAUCUCACUAAUUCUGCCUACAAAAUGAUUAAAAAUGAUCUGUCUAUUAAUUUUAUUAAGAACGAGUGUAGCAAAGUUAUUUUUCUAUCAAUUAUUUUCCACUCACUUUAAGUACAUAACUAGAUUAUUACCCGCCCUUUAUAAAGGGCGGAUAAAUUUUUUUAUUUUAAUUUUUUUUUAAAAAUUUUAAUUUUUAUAUUUGUUUUUAAAUCAUAUUUAUGUUUAAUAUUAAUUUAAUAUAAUAAAAUAAUUCUUUAAAUAAAUAAAAUACAUAGUUGAACAUAACAUUUAUCAAUAGAUCACGAUAUUUUUUUAAUAGAGUAGAUGAUAAAAUAACAUUCAAAAUAAUAUCACACAACUUCUAUAGAAAGAAACAAAAGAAAAAUAUUUUAACGCAUCAUGUUUAUACCAUAGUGGUUUCAUAGACAAUUUUUUCAAAUCUUUACAGUUAAUUAAAAAAUAAGAAUCCAAAAAACUUGCAAACUCCUUGAUUUAAAGAGACGGUUAACUAUAACCUUAACUGGCUGUUUUACCUCGUUGCUAGAACUCGACGGGUACAGUCCAUACUCACAGGUUGUACUCUUGAGUUGCAAGUGCCAUUUUCCUAAACUUCUUAAUUUCAUCAUUGUAUUGUAUUGGCUCGAGUCUAAGUCAAUGCUCCCUCCAUAUGAGCUGUAUACAUUGCUUUGACCCGGUUUCAUCCAUUAGUGAAGUUCUGAUAGUGAUACGUUUCCUUCUAAAGCAUGCAGAAUCUGCUUGUUUUUCACACAAAAUUAUUAACAUAUAUCCUUCAGACUAUAUUUUGCAACGUUAAAAAAAAAGAUUAAUGGCUGACUCCUAGGAGAAGAGAAAGGAUGAAGUAUGUUAUAAUUUGGCUCAUGUGAGGUCUGUGGCGAGGGGGAUGGCGGCGAACAUAACAUAGCAUAACCACAAUGUGAGCCAUUUCUUCCCCGUCGUACUCUUAUUCAUAUUUGUAUUAGUUAAAUCCUCAAGCCUUCUUCAUAUAUUAUAAUAUUAUAUUAGUUUGAUUAUUUUUAUUAAAAAAAGCAAUAGACUAUAAUUAAAAGAUAUUGGAAUAUACUUUAAAUAGGAAAAAUCUAAACAUUUUAUUUACAAAUCUUAAUGGUUUCUUUACAAAAAUUUUAACAUAAUAAAUUUUCAAAUAUUUGGCAUUUGUUGUUGCGAUUUGUACUCAAACAAUGCAGUUAAAAUUUUCAAAUAUUUUGCGGUAAUCUAGGAAGUUCAAACAAACAUGGAAAUAUCCAUUUUUAUAUUUAUUUUAAUUAUAAUAUAAGAUAAUAUAAAUUGUCAUUGACAUUGUCACUUUAACCCGAACACAAGCAGCCAUGCGAGAUAUAUACAAACACCCAGUCUAUUGUUUUGACUAAAACAAACACCCAGUCUUAGUAACAUGGCAAAUGAAAUGUAUAUAUUGUUUAGCAUUGGUAAAAUGAAAGAGCAUAUAUAAAUUUAUUUUGCUACAUUAUUAACUUUUUAUAAAAUGAAUUCAUUGGACCACUAAAGAGGAAAGGAUUAAAGAACAAAAUAAUAAUGAAGGAGAAUAUUUGAAAGUGCAUAGGUCACUUAAGGUUAGACGUGAAGAGCUUGUUGUCAUAUGGUCGUAUAUUUUGUAAGAAGUGAAAAGUUUCUUGUCAUAGUCACCAAGGUUAGAACAUGAGUAAGAUCGGGUAUUAGUUUUUAACAAUAACAAAACUAUAUGGUUGCAUAUUUUGUAAAGAGGAGUAAUUGCUGUAAAUUGAGUAUUUGGCAUGCAAAUUGUUUAGAUAAUUGAUGAGUAUAACAUAUUGGUUAAUUAUGGUUAGUGUAUUAGAAAAGAAUAAUGCUCAAACAUGUUAUAUAUUGUAUUAUAUUGUAUAAACAAAUUAUAAGGAUUGUUAUAUUUGUUUCUAAUGAAAAUGAAUAGGUCCAAAACUUAAAUGACAACUUUUUAAGUAGAUAAAAAAUAGGACCCUAAAUUAAUAGAUUAGAUUUAACAAUGGCAUUUCCUUUCUUUUCUCGUUUAUGGAUAUCAAAUUCUAAAUAAUUAUGAGAUGCUUACCACUUAACCAAUUAUCACUCCUGACUAGGCCUCCAAUUUUAUAUGAAAUGAUGCCGUAGGUGAUUUUAUUUUAUUUUACCUUGUGGGCAUAAUAGAUAUUAAAUAUUAAAAUGUACUAAAUUUAAAUUUUCUAUCAACCGAUAUUUUUAAUAAGCUAGUUUUAGCCAGACUUGCCUUUAUGUAUUUAUAUACAUACGUGUGUGUGUGUUAUGUGGACAUAUACAAAGUUAUCAAUUACAAAUACGUUACCUAAUAUGUGUAUCUAUCUGACUUAUAUAACAUGAGUUUGAUAAAUGAAGGAGACACUUCGCCCGACUCUACUCCGACUCCAAAAGCCGGAAUUCAAAGCUGAAACAGUAUUUCCAGCGUAUCAAACAAUAUAAUACUUUCCUUUCCAGUUUUAUAAUAAGUGUCAUUUUAACAUUUUUUUUCUUGUUACACAAAAAUGUCACUUUAUAAUUUCAAUGCAAAUUAUAUUUAUUUUCAACUGAAAAUUAACUACAAACUGCAUUGAUUUUAUAUAUAAUUUUAUUUAUCUCAAAUACUAUUGAAAAAAUAUAUGUAAUUAAUAACAACUUACAUAUAUUUCAGAAAAUUUCUUAAUCUAUGUAAAAAAUGUAAUAGUUACACUUAUUCAAAAACAUAGAAAGCACUAUUUUUCUGUAAAAGUUGUACUAUGACAAAACAAAUAAAUAAAAUAAACGCAUUUAAACCACACAAAAGUAAUGUAGUGGCAAACGAAUUUUGAAGAACCAAUCGAUCCCGAUUCGAAACAACAUCAGGAUGCUAAAUCCAUAUGGUUACGCAAUUAUGAGAUUAUGAUUUGAGAUUCAUUUGAAUAUCCGGAAAAAUGAUCCAUCAUCCGUGAACUACACAUUUUUAGUGAAUUAGUCUAAGCCCUCUUAUAUGCCCGAAAUACCUGUGGUUAAUAUUAAAAAUAUAUUAUGUUGCAUGCCUAUCUUUUUUUUUGUAUUUGCAUUGAAUGUUUUAUUUAAUAAGUAUUGUUUGUUUUAUCGGAAGUUCAUAUUCUAACUGAAAACAAUUUUAAUUAUUUUCUUAGAGACGUCAAGACGUCAAGACGGGACAGUGAACUAAGCACGUACGUAUGCACUUAAUAAAAUUGAAUUUCACCUAGGUGCACAAGAAGGCAUGAGAUGUACAACCGUACAGGCAUGCGACUGCUUUAUUAUGAAUAAGUGUUUUAAUAAGAAACUAAUUAAAUCUAGAGUAUUUGCAUGCUAUAUACAAGAAAAACUAUUUAAUUAGCUAACCGGUAUAUGCGACUGUUUAGUACUGUUAUUUUUUCGUUAUUUCCAAUUGUAUCCCUCUAUUAUAGCCACUGCACAAUAUUAUUUCUCGCAUUUAGGACAACACACAAUCAUCUCUUUCCUCUUUGAUUCAUCACCGUAAAUAAACAAAGACAACACACAGAAAAAAUAAAUCAUUGAUAACUUAAGACACGAGUUGCAAGAGACGUAACUGGCUUUUCUAUUGAGAAACAAGAUUUUCCAACUUCGAGAUCCCUGAUUUUGAGGUAAACCAGAUCAAAAUACGAUCUCUGAUGGUUGUUAUCAUGGUAGCCAUGUUCGAUGUACCACGUAUGUCCAUGGCGGGGGUUGCUGAGCCAACAACCCGAGUUGGCUAGAUAUUGAAGACGAAAGAGAUAAUUGUGAGAAAUAACAGAGAUGAUUGUGAUUGCGAGGAUCAGAUGUUGUGGAAAAAUAGGGUCCGAUUUUUAAGGUUUAGAUCUUGAGACCCGACUAGUUUUCUUCUUCAGUCAAUAUCCAGAUAUGCGCUCACUCACACCACACAAAGCCGCUGUUGUAGCCCGGUGAAGGUCUCGAUGGUUUCUGAAACAAAGAAAAAGAAAAGCUUGAAACAAAGAAAUGUAAUUACACAUUUGGUCAGAUGUAAUUAAAUAUUUCAUAUAGGCUAUAAGCACGUGCAUGAGGAUUAAUUUGUAAUUCCACAAAUGACUCAUACCCACUUACCUAAUUAAAGAAAUUUUAUAGCCAUUUACCUGAUUUCCACUUCUUCCAUGUAUAUUCAGCUAAAUCACUCUUAAAUCUAUGUGAUGCUUUAAUAUUUCGGGUUCAAAUCCGUCUUUUUCGUUACAAAAUAUAUAAACAUAUUAAUUUUUUUUCUCACAAAAUGCAAAUUUACUAAUGGUUGCAUUUACCCUUUGAAUAGCUUGCAUGCCUUUCAAGAGCUUGUUUCAACAUAUAGAUGAAAACAUAUAAGAUGAGAUGGAAAACAAUACUAAAGCACUGAUACCCAUCUAAAUUAAUAAAGUUGCAGCAAGCAUGGAGAUGAUAUAGCCAAACCUUUUUGAACUCUUUCACCACUGGUCCACUAUGGAAGUCAAAACGCUAUAAUCUUUUACUUACUAACUUAGUCGAUCAUAUACGUACAAAAAUGCAAAGAAGGCAAUGAAAGACACAGUAAGGUAUUUGUAUUAGGGGAUCUCCAACCCAGCUGUAUAAUCUUUCUAAAUUGAAUGGAAAAUGCUAUCAUAAACAAACAAAAAUUCAUUACUCUAUAAAUAGAGUAAUGUUUUUUUAUUGACUGCAUUUUCACUCUAUUUUACAGUAAAUUAUGCAGUUAGAAUGUAAAUGUUUUUAGAGACAUGCAAUAGAGAAGAAGACUCUUCUCAGGAUCCGGGACGGUUUACACAAUAAAUGAUAUCAGUCCGCGAAGCCACUUCAACUGGGGAUAGUUAAAUGUAAGUUUUGUAACUAUGAUGCAGUUUUCAAGCAAAAUACUUAAUCUCUUAGUGUAGGUAGAUAAUAGUCUUACAAUUAAGGGAUUGGCCUUCUAGACUGCACGCAAUGCAAUUAUUUUAGUGCAACGACAUACCCGCGACUAUUUUUGAUUAUUAUGGAAGGAGUUACAAUACACAAGGUAAGUAAUCUAAGUUGACCCGUAACUAAGAAAUCUGCAUUUUCACUAAUUCAGUUCAAUAACCUUUUAUUGUUUCAUGACUUCAUCAAAACUCACAAAAGAUGUUAAAAGAAAAAGAAAACAAGAAAGGCAUGAUAAGUACACCAGUGGUUACUAAAUGCUAUCACAUUUGAAUAGUCAAAUGAGAUUUUUCGUUUAUUAUAUUUUAGAAAUUUUGGAUUUCAUGCCUCCAAAAAUAUCGAAAGACUUUCUUUAUCAUAAUGGCCACAAAUCAAAUAUUCGGGAUUUCAAAAUUAUUUAUAAUCUGAUCUAUUUUUGUGAAUAAUUAAUUAACGAUCUGUAAUUAUCCGGAUAUUUGAAUUUUUUUAUAUUUAACCGGAUAUCCGAUUUGAUAUGUACAAAUAGAAUAAGAAUUAAAAAUAAAGAAAUAAAAUAAAAUAAUAUUUAAUUACAAAAACAAAAUGUUAUUUUCUUUUUAAAAUUCUAAUAACUAAUAUAAUAAUUUUUAUAAAUAUAAAUAUUGUAAAAUUUACAUAAAUAUAUAAUACUUAUAUAUAUAUAUAUUCUUUAAAUAUAUGUAUAUAAUGAUUUUAAUAUUUAUGAUUUGUUUCAUUUCUUACGGAUAUUGCAUAUUAGUAUUUGAUUUGCUUCGUAGAAUUACUGAUAUCUAGAUUUUUUUAUUCGAAUCGAAAGCGGAUAACAAAUCAAAUAAAAAAUUUGCGGAUAUUUUACAUGAUCCUUUCAUAAAUCCUAAAUGACUUUAUUUAUUAAUAAAAUCCCUAUUAAAUUUCUUACGGUCAUAAACGUUUCUAUUACAAACAAGAUAUGUUAGAUUUUUCGUUGAUACAUUUCAUUGACUUGAUAUAAUUAAAAAAGUACAGUAUAUAUUAAAACAGCUCCCACACCAUCUAAAAAAAAAAAACAAAUAAUCUCUACAAAUUUGGGUGUUGCGAUUCGUACCUUUUUGUUAUCUUAAAAAGCUAAAUUAUUGUUGACAAAAAAAAAAGCUAAAUUAUUUUGUAUAUUGUUUGUUCGUUCGUUCAAGGUUACUAGGCGUAGUUUUUAUUAAUCAAAAAUGGACGAGACCUUUGACUUUUCUUCUUAUUGAAUGACCGGGUCGAUCGACUGGUUUACUUUUCUUCGGUCGUCGUCUUGGCAGGGAGUUGCAUAAGAAGACAAACUGUUUCAACUUCUCUGUCUGAAUAAAUAUACCACAAGUCCAGAAGCUUGUUGUGUUCGAGAAGCAGAGAGUUUUCGAGAAGCAAAGUCUGUUUUUUUUUCUCUGAUUUAAUACGAAAAGUGAUCAAAAUUCGUUGAAUUUUCAUAAGGGUUUUAAGAAGUUUCUAGCUUCAUUGCUUAACAGUGUUGGGUUUAAGAGAUUCCUCUCUCACUUUGUUAAAGCUCAAACCUUUUUUUUUAAAGGGUUUUUCUUUAAAUAGAGCUUUUCGAUCUCAAGCUUCUAGGAUUGAAAGUUUUGAUCUUUGGUAACAAGAGUCUCUUUGUUCUGCUCUUGUUUUAGUAUCUAAAGCUACUAGAGAUGGAUGAGAGUAAUCAUGGAGGUUCAUCAAGCUCACUCCCACCUUUCCUCACAAAAACAUACGAGAUGGUUGACGAUUCCUCCUCUGAUUCAAUCGUGUCGUGGAGUCAGAGCAACAGAAGCUUCAUCGUUUGGAACCCACCAGAGUUUUCAAGAGACCUUCUUCCCAGAUUCUUCAAGCACAACAACUUCUCUAGCUUCAUCCGUCAGCUUAACACAUACGGUUUUAGAAAAGCUGAUCCUGAGCAGUGGGAGUUUGCUAACGAUGAUUUCGUGAGAGGUCAGCCUCAUCUUAUGAAGAACAUUCAUAGACGCAAACCCGUUCACAGCCACUCUCUACCUAACCUCCAAGCUCAGCAGAACGCGUUGACCGAUUCAGAGAGGCAGAGAAUGAGUAGUCAGAUCGAGAGACUCACCAAGGAGAAAGAAGGGUUGCUUCAGAAGUUACAUAGACAAGAGCAAGAACGAGAUGUGUUUGAGCAACAAGUUAAGAAGCUAAAAGAUCAGUUGCAACACAUGGAGAAGCGUCAGAAAACAAUGGAUUCUUAUGUCUCUCAGGUUAUGGAAACACCAGAGCUUGCUCUGAACCUCUCGCCGUGUCUGCCCGAAACAAACGAGAGGAAGAGGCGGCUCCCUAGGAUGUUGGAGGAUAACCAGGCAUGUGUUGUUGUGAGAGAGGAAGGCUCUACAAGCGCUUCAGAUGAAACAGAACAUCAGGUGGAAGAGUUGGAGUCGUCAAUAGCGGUUUGGGAGAAUCUUGUAUCUGUAUCUGAUGAUUCUUGUGAGGGCAUGGCACAAUCAACAGGAAGUAUGAUGAUACUUGAUGUGGAUGAUUCAUCUACUUGUCCUGAGAGCCCUCCUCUUUCUUGCAUACACCUAAGUAUCGACACGUGUCCUAAAUCUCCUCCUUCUCAUAAGAUCAUCGACAUCAACUCUGAUGUUUCAAAGGAACAGAACAUUGUUGCUCCUGCUCCUCCUCCACCAGCAACAGGAGUGAAUGAUGUCUUCUGGCAGCAGCUUUUGACAGAGAAUCCUGGAUCAGCCGAGCAACGGGAAGUUCAACCAGAGAAGAAAGAAGAUAAAGGUGAAGAUCCAAGUGAGAAAUGUUGGUGGAAUUCGAGGAAUGUAAAUGCAAUUACAGAACAGCUUGGACAUCUGACUUCUUGAGAGAGAAGUCAAUAUGUCAAGUAUCUGAUACUUUAGAUCUGUUUUUAGUUUUUUUUUGUAAUAUAUGUUCGGUUCAUUGUAUUAGAUCAUAAGCAUUUUGGAUCUGGUUCUGCAUUUUAUCAACACAUGUAUGUCCCUUAACACUUAAUCAUCGAGCUUAGCACCUAUUUAAGAUUA